AUGACGGCACUGUCCCAGGUCCUGUCCUGUGUCUCCUUCCCACUUGGAUUUCCGAACCAGACACUGUCCUGCAGACAGAGGCCGUGUCUUGAGCAAGUCUGCCCGAAUUUAACACGGCAGCUGGCCCAGAACGAGCUGAAGCAGUCCCCCCUCCUCAGCCCCCCAAAGUGCUGGGAUUACAGGUGCACACGACCACACCCAGCCGGGAUUUCUAAUGAGAAUAUUAAAGCAGAAUGUUCCCAGCUUUUUGGAGCUGGUCUUCUUUUACCUGUGUGGAUUCUGACGAAUUCAUUGACAGAAGGAUGUGGUGUUUUUACAGAUGCCUGCUCUGUGCCCGUAUCCGAGAUCAUCGCCGUUGAGGAAACAGACGUUCAUGGGAAACAUCACACCAGUGGAAAAUGGCAGAAAAUGGAAAAGCCUUACGCUUUUACAGUUCACUGUGUAAAGAGAGCGAGACGGCACCGCUGGAAGUGGGCGCAGGUGACUUUCUGGUGCCCAGAGGAGCAGCUGUGUCACCUGUGGCUGCAGACCCUUCGGGAGAUGCUGGAGAAGCUGACAUCGAGACCAAAGCAUUUGCUGGUAUUUAUCAAUCCGUUUGGAGGAAAAGGACAAGGCAAGCGGAUAUAUGAAAGAAAAGUGGCACCACUGUUCACCUUAGCCUCCAUCACCACUGACAUCAUUGUUACUGAGCAUGCCAAUCAGGCGAAGGAGACCCUGUACGAGAUCAACAUGGAGAAGUACGACGGCAUCGUCUGUGUCGGCGGUGACGGCAUGUUCAGCGAGGUGCUGCACGGCCUGAUUGGGAGGACGCAGAGGAGCGCCGGGGUCGACCAGAACCACCCCCGGGCCGUGCUGGUCCCCAGCAGCCUCCGGAUCGGAAUCAUCCCCGCGGGGUCCACGGACUGUGUGUGCUACUCCACGGUGGGCACCAGCGACGCGGAAACCUCAGCGCUGCACAUCGUUGUCGGGGACUCGCUGGCCAUGGAUGUGUCCUCGGUCCACCACAACAGCACGCUCCUCCGCUACUCCGUGUCCCUGCUGGGCUAUGGCUUCUACGGGGACAUCAUCAAGGACAGUGAGAAGAAACGGUGGCUGGGUCUUGCCAGAUACGACUUUUCAGGUUUAAAGACCUUUCUCUCCCACCACUGCUAUGAAGGGACAGUGUCCUUCCUCCCUGCACAACACACGGUGGGAUCUCCAAGGGAUGGGAAACCCUGCCGGGCAGGGUGCUUUGUUUGCAGGCAAAGCAGGCAGCAGCUGGAGGACGAGCAGAAGAAGGCGCUGUAUGGUUUGGAAGCUGCAGAGGACGUGGAGGAGUGGCAAGUCGUCUGUGGAAAGUUUCUGGCCAUCAACGCCACAAACAUGUCUUGUGCUUGUCGCCGGAGCCCCAGGGGCCUCUCCCCGGCCGCCCACUUGGGGGAUGGGUCGUCCGACCUCAUCCUCAUCCGGAAAUGCUCCAGGUUCAAUUUUCUGAGGUUUCUCAUCAGGCACACCAACCAGCAGGACCAGUUUGACUUCACUUUUGUUGAAGUUUAUCGCGUCAAGAAAUUCCAGUUUACGUCAAAGCAUGUGGAGGAUGAGGACAGUGACCUCAAAGAGGGGGGGAAGAAGCGCUUCGGGCACAUCUGCAGCAGCCACCCCUCCUGUUGCUGCGCCGUCUCCAGCAGCUCCUGGAACUGCGACGGGGAGGUCCUGCACAGCCCGGCCAUCGAGGUCAGGGUCCACUGCCAGCUGGUUCGACUGUUUGCGCGAGGAAUUGAGGAGACUGAGAAGCCAGACUCGCACAGCUGAGCAGCCGGCUCCUGCUUUCGAACUCGGAAAGUGCGAAAACUAUUUAAGAGAAUUAUUCCAGACUCAUUAUGUUGAGAUAUACAUUCAAAUUUAGAAAUUUAUUUUUGAUAGUUAAACCUUGAUUUUAGA